AUGUUAGAGUUUGAAGUGGGAGAGCACGUAUUCCUUAGAGUUACACCGACAACUGGAAUUGGAAGAGCAAUCAAGACCAAGAAGUUGAAUCUGAGGUAUAUAGGACCGUUUGAGAUUUUAAGGCGAUUCGGGCCGGUGGCAUAUCAAGUGGCCUUGCCACCUCACCUAUCUAACCUACAUAACGUAUUCCACGUGUCACAACUCUGUAAGUACACGUCGGAUGCGACUCAUGUGUUGGAGCCUGAAUCGGUCGAGUUGAAAGAGAACUUGACUUUCCAAGUAACGCCAGCGAGAAUCGAUGACACUAGUGUGAAGAAGCUGCGAGGAAAGAAUGUUCCAUUAGUUAAAGUUACUUGGGAGCGAGCAGGAGUUGAAGAGCACACUUGGGAAUUGGAGUCUGAGAUGUGA